AUGCCCACCCCGACCCCCGGCCGCUCCUUCACCAUCGCCGCGCUCCUGGGACCCUCGGGACCCUCGCCCCGCCCUGGGCCCCCCCUGCCGCAUCUCUGGGGCUCCCCCCCGGUUCCCGCCCCGCUCCUGCCGCCGCUCUGCACCGACUGCUGCGGGGGAACCCCCGCGUGGGCCGCCCGGCUCGGGGCUACAGGCUUCCUGAUCUCCAAGUGCUGCUUCCCCGUCUUCAAAGCCAGGUCUGGCAAAGCCAAGCGGGUCAGGACCAUCUUCACCAGUGACCAGCUGGCCCAGCUGGAGAAGGAAUUCUCACGGCAGCAGUACCUGGUGGGCACGGAGCGGGGCCUGCUCGCCUCCUCCCUGCACCUCACCGAGGAGCAGGUGAAAGUCUGGUUCCAAAACCGCAGGAUCAAGUGGAGGAAACAAAGCCUGGAGCAGCAACAAGCCCAACUGGCCAAAAUGGGUUUGGCCACCCCGCAGGGGAGCCCUGACUCGCAGAGCCACCACGGCGAGGGGGACAAGGAUUUCCCGGCGGAGUCGGAGGAGUUAAGUUGUUCUCAGGACACCUUUAAUCCCCUGGGAGCUGGCAGCGCUCAGCCUCCGGCAGGAUUGGGCUCCUCCUGGGCAGCCACGGGGGAUCCAUUCCCGCUCCAGGGGAUGCUCCCGCAGGGUCUGCCCAGCCCGGACCCCUCUGCGGGGGUGUCCGACCAGGGGGGACGGUUUAAUUAA